UAUUUUGUAUUUAUUUAUUUUUUUGAAAUGCAGAGUAGGUAGUCACCCCAUGGCUGCAAACAUUUCAUGACGUCGACCCAGGUGUUUUGGUCGUCGUUGCCCAAUCGAAUCUGCUGUGUUCCCGGUCUACAGGAGCCGAAAUGGCUCAGUGGUAGGCCGAUGCUGCUGCUUUAAAAAAAAAAAAAAAAGCCGUGACAUGGGAAGCCCGUCGCAGCUGCGGAACCAUUUCUACCAGGAGCAGCAGUUGGAUCCUCGUCAGUCCCACCGGCACCCGAACGGACGGCCGUCGUCGGCCGGCUCCACUCGCACCCGCACCGACAACUGUACCCGCCGUGCACGUGCAAGCUGCGUCCUCCGCGGGACGUCGCCACCUCACACCGCGCUAACUUUAAGGACGUCUUCGGAGACACGUUCCGGGCGAGGCGUCCGCCACCCGACCCCCUCUAGUCAUGCUCCUUCCUCCAGGCGACGGUCACCGCCGCCUCCUCACCACCACCAGCAGCAGCAUCCGCAGCAUCGUGCCGGGGCAUGCAGCCACGCGAACGCCCCCCACCAUGAGACGGCCAUGAGCAGCUGCAGAUACAACGGCGGCGUCAUGCGGCCGCUCAGCCACUUGAGCUCGUCCCGCAGGAACGUGCACGAGUUCGAUUCCGAGUCGCAGCCCCUCUCGACCGCGGACGCGACGGACACCUUGGCAGCCUCCAAGCCGGAGCACCACUCGGCCACGCUCAUGCCGUACGGGUCCGGGGACGGAGGCGGGGGGAAAUCGGGCAAGAAGAAGAACCAGAACAUUGGGGAGAAGCUCGGUCACAGGAGGGCCUUGUUUGAGAAGAGGAAGCGCCUCAGCGACUACGCUUUGAUCUUUGGGAUGUUUGGGAUCGUUGUCAUGGUUAUAGAGACUGAACUCUCCUGGGGAUCCUAUGGAAAGGAGUCCCUGUAUUCAUUAGCUCUAAAAUGCCUGAUAAGCCUUUCUACCAUCAUUCUCCUGGGGCUGAUUAUCAUCUACCAUGCAAGAGAGAUCCAGUUAUUUAUGGUGGACAACGCGGCCGACGACUGGAGGAUAGCCAUGACGUACGAGCGCAUCUUCUUCAUCUGCCUGGAAAUCCUCGUGUGUGCCAUCCACCCCAUCCCCGGAAACUACACCUUCACCUGGAACGCCCGCCUGGCCUACUCCUACGUGCCAUCCCAGACGGACGCCGACGUGGACAUCAUCCUGUCCAUCCCCAUGUUCCUGCGGCUGUACCUGAUCGCCCGCGUCAUGCUCCUGCACAGCAAGCUCUUCACGGACGCCUCGUCUCGCAGCAUCGGGGCGCUCAACAAGAUCAACUUCAACACGCGCUUCGUCAUGAAGACCCUCAUGACCAUCUGCCCCGGGACGGUUCUGCUGGUCUUCACCAUCUCGCUGUGGAUCAUCGCGGCGUGGACAGUGAGAGCUUGUGAGAGAUACCACGACAACCACGACACCAACAGUAAUUUUCUCGGGGCCAUGUGGUUGAUCUCCAUCACCUUUCUUACAAUCGGAUACGGAGACAUGGUCCCAAAUACGUACUGUGGGAAAGGAGUCUGCCUCCUGACUGGUAUUAUGGGCGCAGGCUGCACUGCCUUGGUGGUGGCCGUGGUGGCGAAGAAGCUGGAGUUAACCAAAGCUGAAAAGCACGUUCACAAUUUUAUGAUGGACACCCAGCUGACAAAACGAGUGAAAAACACAGCUGCGAAUGUUCUCAGGGAGACGUGGCUCAUCUACAAGAACACCAAACUGGUGAGGAAGAUGGACCAUGCCAGAGUCAGGAAGCACCAGAGGAAAUUUCUCCAAGCCAUUCAUCAAGCUCGAAAAUUGAGAAGUGUUAAAAUGGAGCAACGCAAGCUGAAUGACCAAGCAAACUCUCUAGUGGACCUUGCCAAGACUCAGAACAUCAUGUAUGACAUGGUGUCGGACUUGAACGAACGGGGGGAAGACAUGGAGAAGAGGAUCGCGCUGCUGGAGACAAAGCUAGAGACACUGCUGAGCAACCUGCAGGCUCUGCCCGCGCUCAUCAGCCAGGUGAUCAGCCAGCAGCACAGGGACUUCCUGGAGAUGCAGCUGCAGCCUUACGACAAACACAGCCCCGAACGCUCGCAGUCGGCGUCACGGCGGCGGUCCUUGUCCACGGCACCGCCCACCUCUUCCGAGAGCAGCUAGGGUCCGAAGGGAAAGCCUCCAUUGAAGACUUUUGCCAUCAUAUGGCCAAGUUGCAUUUAUCUUAAAGCCUUAUGGCUUCAAUAAGUAUUAUCCAAAUUCUGAUGACAGAAUCCAAGCUAGUGGGUAUCUACAUGCAGUUUCUUUUUUAGGCUUUUGCUUCCUAUUACCUCAGUGUUGAUGUGACGCUUCCCUCAGUACAGGCCCUUCAGCGGGUGGGAAACUACUGCACUAAAAUAGUGCUUCUCACUGGAAACUGGCUGUGAUAUUGGAGGAAAUGUUUGAGCGGGGUGAACUGUAGUGACAGCUGAAGGCAAAUACCAACAAAUAUCAUCUUUUCAGUUAGAAACAGCAUCAAAGUCAACACGUCUUGAUUGUAUGACCCUGCAAAGUAUCAGGCCUAGUACAUACAGUAAACCCCUGCAAAAAUGCACCUAGUUGCAGAUAUUUGGGGAACCUAUCCUUAGUUAGUCACAGGAAAAGUCCACUAUUUGCCAAAGCCAUGUCUAAAGAAUUUGGUACCAUCUGGUGGACUCUUGGUACCAAGCGACUAUGUUGAACUGAGGGGAGGAGGUUCAAUGAUUGAGACCACGGGCUUGCCUCAAAGAAAAAAAAAGUGAGUGGUUGCCAUCUAGUGGCAUCUAUGCGCAAUUACACACCCUUUUGUGGGUAGCAGAAUGUACCGUAUUUGGAAAAAUUAUCAGAAAGGAAGACAUUUUGAAUAUUUAAACAGAUGAGAGAUGAAAUAAACACAUUUGAGCUAAAUAUCAAUUAAACAAAUGCAUCGGGUUUUUAACCUCAAAGUCAAAAACACUUCCAACUAUUUUUUUGCACUCUUUACCUCAGCUGUAAGAAAUAAUUUUGCAAAACGCUUAAAGAUGAAAGACAAAUUGGUCAGGUGCUCAUGUGACACUAAAAGACGUGAGAUAUGUUUUGAUUUUCAGUUAUAAAAUGGCCGUUCAUAACGUCAAUGAAAAAAAGAAUGAAAUGUGGUUUAUGUGUCAGCCGGUGGGCUUGCCAUGUAUGAAGAGAGUGGAGCUUUUAAGUACAUCCGAUGCUGUGAUUUGGGUUGUGUGGCAUGUCCUCAAAAUAAUCCCAUGAUAUUCCAGAGUAUAAAAUGUAUUUAGUGCAUAGUGUCAAUAGUAAAGUUAUUACAAAAAUAUUCAACGUAUAUAGUACCAAUAACAAUAUACAUCAUAUGCGCUGAAAUAUUAUGAUAGUAUUUUAAAGACCUACCUUACAGCCUAAAUUAAACCAGUAGCAUUAAUUUGGCUGUCUUUAACAACAAUACUAUGGCGUUUUAAAUUUAUUACAAGUUUAUUACUACGUAAAUUUGAUUGAGAGAUACAGAGUAAAGCCUGAAGGGGGCACAUCUUAGACGACACAAUGCCGAGCCCUUUUGCAGAUGCACAAACCACGCUGUCUUUCUAUCCUUUCUUCGUAGUAUCAUGAUUUUGUGCAAUGGGCUUGCACAGUAGCGGCAUCCGUAUUUGAAUAUUAGCAUGUUCCAACGUAAAUAUUUAAUUAAAUAUCACCCACCGAAAAAAAUCCAGUAAAGGUAGUUGAUUGCUAUUCUAGAGCUACGCUAGAGCUAUUCACUGAUAUGACUCAUGAGCGAAAAGAACCAAUGUGGAUGCAGGAAAAAAAAAGGUUUGGGGAAGGGGACACGAUACUGCAUAAUUGGGUGGGUUCCUGCACCGGGUGACAUUAAAGCUAGGAACGCCACUGCAAGUAAGGAUUUGACAGCCAAAAUAAGGACCAGGUUUAACAUUUGAGAUGGUCGGCCAUGAACGUUUUACUGGUAGAUCAGGGAGGGGAAGAAAGUCACUCUUAACACGCACUACAAGAUGAUGGCUCAAAAUGAGUUUUUAGACGCAACUGACAAGUGGGCCUUUGCAGGCUUUGAUCAAAAGAGAGGAAAAAUGCUGGAAAUUUGCCCCCGUUUCUGAUAUGCGUGUACCCGUCCGUCUUAGUUAAAACGUCUUCAGUCAAGGGAAUGCAUCAAAGUCGGUGACUGCACUUACGUUUAAUAAUCAAUGCACUUCAGCAGAAGACUGAUGUUCGGUGAUGUAUUCUAACUAAGAAGAUUGUGAGUUACGGCAAGGGUGGAUGAAUGGGGCAAAGCCCCCCCCCCCUCCGUGUUUGUGUUACACAAGCUAAAGUUACAUAUCGAUACAGUACAGAUGUCACAAACUCAAUAAUAAUGAAUUUUGUCUUGUCUUGCUGUGUUUCACUUCCUAUUGCCCCUCCUUCCUUUGUGUGCGCCUCGUGCUCAGCUGGACAACUACUGACGCUGAACAACUCGCUGAAUACCGUAUCUACCUUAUAGAAAAACUACUAUUUUUGUAUAUUUUGAUGAGGACAAGCACACCUCCUACAGUGUAAUAAUGAACAGCAACAGGGAUCUGGGCACAAACAGAUUCAGCAUAUCAAGCAUGUGGUGUGAA